GGAGGCAGAUAGAGAGAGAGACACACACACAACACAUUCAGCAGAAUAACAGGGAGUCUCCUGUGUAAAACAAAGUCAGCACCUACAUUCUGACACAGAGGAGGGAAGCCAGCGGAUUAUCUUGAAGCUUUUUACCAUAUGGACGAGACAGAUUGAAAAUAAACCUCACUGACUUGAUCCCGGUUCAACUCUGAUGAAGCACUAAAUAUCGGGGGCGUUGGAUGAUAGUGAGCAUUUAACGCCCAAUUGUGUGUGUGUGUGUGUGGCUUAUUUCGUUUGAAAACUGUGCUCCUUGACAUGAAAAAGCCAAGACGUGUGGAAAUCUAACUGCUAACUCUGGUGUUUUGGCGGUGCCCAGAGCUCAGGAGAAAGUUGUCCGCUUUACCGAUGAGUGUCUGGUACCGAGGAGAGCUGUGGGGCUAAUCGAUUUCUCCUGGCUCUGAACCAACACUGGAGAUCAAACUGCCUGCUUUUAGUCGCUAGGGGAAACUACUCCAAUUCCUACUGCCGCUGCCACCACCGCCAGUGCUGCUGCUGCCUGUGUUAUUUCAUCCUCAAACCGUUCAACAAAUUACACAUCGGAUUUACUCCUCUGGAUCUCUCUCUCUCUCUCUCUUUGGAAAGUAGCCUUGCACUCCAGUUUACAGACUUCCCUCCACUCUGUCACCGGCAGUGAUGCUAAGAUGGUUUUACUAACAUACCUCGCUGCCUGUGGAUUAUUCUGCCAAGUUUAUGGAUCACGCCUUCGGCAGGAAGAUUCCCCACCCCGGAUUGUGGAACAUCCGUCCGAUCUGAUCGUGUCCAAGGGAGAGCCUGCCACUCUGAACUGUAAGGCUGAGGGCAGACCCAGCCCCACCAUCGAGUGGUACAAGGACGGGGAGCGGGUGGAGACGGACAAGGAUGAUCCUCGCUCUCACCGUAUGCUGCUGCCCAGCGGCUCCUUGUUCUUCCUGCGUAUUGUCCACGGCCGGAGGAGCAAACCCGAUGAGGGCAGCUACGUCUGUGUGGCCAGGAACUACCUGGGGGAGGCCGUCAGUCACAACGCCUCGCUGGAGGUGGCCUUGCUCCGAGAUGACUUCCGACUGAAUCCCACGGAUGUGGUUGUUGCUGCGGGUGAGCCAGCCAUCAUGGAAUGCCAACCGCCCCGUGGGCACCCAGAGCCAACCAUCUUCUGGAAGAAGGACAAGAUCCCCGUUAAUGACCAGGACGAGAGAAUAACGGUCCGUGGAGGCAAAUUGAUGAUUUCGAACACGAAGAGAAGUGAUGCCGGCAUGUACGUCUGUGUGGGGACUAAUAUGGUGGGCGAGAGGGACAGUGAUCCUGCUGAAUUGACUGUCUUUGAACGCCCAAUCUUCAUCAGAAGACCCAUAAACCAGGUGGUGUUGGAGAAUGAUUCCGUCGAGUUCCGUUGCCAGGUUCAAGGGGACCCACAGCCCACUGUGCGCUGGAGGAAGGACGACACUGAUGUUGCCAGGGGCAGGUAUGACAUCAAGGAAGACAACACCCUGCGCAUCAAGAGGGUGAGCAAUGGUGACGAGGGAACAUUCACCUGCGUGGGGGAGAACCGUGUGGGCAUGGUUGAAGCGACCGCAACUCUCACCGUGCGAGCACACCCUGUCGCUGCCCCACAAUUUGUGGUGAGACCGAGAGACCAGAUCGUGGCGCAAGGACGGACAGUCACCUUCCCCUGUGUGACCAAAGGAAACCCUCAGCCUGCAGUCUUCUGGCAGAGAGAAGGAAGCCAGAACCUACUGUUUCCGAACCAGCCUCCCCAGCCUUCCAGUAGAUUUGCCGUCUCUUCAGCUGGUGACCUCACCAUCACCAACAUCCAGAGGUCGGACGCUGGCUACUACAUCUGUCAGGCCUUGACCGUGGCAGGAAGCAUCCUGGCUAAGGCUCAGCUGGAGGUCACAGAUGUUCUGACAGAUAGGCCUCCUCCCAUCAUCCGGCAGGGACCAGCCAAUCAGACUCUGGGUGUGGACGGGACUGCAUUGUUAAAGUGCCAGGCAACUGGAGACCCCAUCCCAACAAUCAGCUGGCUGAAGGACGGUGUCAGUCUCCUGGGUAAAGACCCCCGCAUGUCCCUCCAGGAACUGGGAAGUCUGCAAAUCAAGAACGUACGGGUCACAGACUCUGGAAUCUACACCUGUGUUGCCACGAGCUCAAGUGGGGAAACCUCUUGGAGUGCGUUUUUGGAAGUGCGAGAGUCAGGUGCAGCGACCGUCAACGUGAAGAUGGAUAUGGAUGCUCUUCCUGGGUCACCUUCCAAACCUCAGGUUGCUGAUGUUACAAAGAGCACUGUCACCCUCUCGUGGUUAGCAGGAAGCCAUAGUGGGUCAUCGCCCAUCACAUCCUACGUCAUUGAGGCCUUCAGCCAGUCCGUCAGUAACAGCUGGCAAACAGUGGCAGAACAUGUGAAGGACACUUUGCACACCGUCAGAGGACUGAGACCGAACACUAUCUACCUCUUCAUGGUGCGAGCCGUCAACAGUCAGGGGGUCAGUGACCCGAGUCAGAUGAGUGAACCAGUCCGUACUCAAGAUAUCAGUCCACCGGCUCAAGGAGUGGAUCACAGGCAAGUGCAGCGGGAACUCGGUGAGGUUAUAGUACGCUUACAUAACCCGCUUGUGCUCACUCCAUCCAGUAUACAAGUCACGUGGACGGUGGAGCGCCAAUCACAAUUCAUCCAGGGUUACCGUGUGUUGUUCCGGCAAGUCUCCGGCCUGCCUAGCCCCUCGUCCUGGCAAGUCAUGGAGGUCAAAGUGCCCACUGAGCGAAGUGCAGUCCUUAACAACCUGAAGAAGGGCAUCACCUAUGAGAUGAAAGUCCGUCCAUACUUCAAUGAAUUUCAAGGGAUUGACAGUGAAUCGAAAACUGCACGCACGACUGAGGAAGCUCCGAGUGCCCCCCCUCAGUCGGUGACUGUGAUGAUGGUUGGGAACCACAACAGCACCAGCAUCAGUGUCUCUUGGGACCCCCCACCAAUGGAACAACAGAAUGGCAUCAUCCAGGAAUAUAAGAUUUGGUGUCUUGGCAAUGCCAGCCGGUUUCACAUCAACAAGACUGUGGAUGCUGCUAUUCGCUCGGUGGUGAUUGGUGGCCUUCUGCCUGGUGUCCAGUAUCAUGUCCAGGUUGCAGCUAGCACUGGUGCUGGUGUCGGGGUCAAGAGUGAGCCACAGCUCAUCAUCAUCGGGGGCCGUGGUGACGACAUCUUCAUGACUGGACCCGGCAGCAAUAACAGCAUCACGGAGCAGAUCACGGACGUGGUGAAGCAACCAGCCUUCAUUGCGGGCAUCGGCGGGGCAUGCUGGGUCAUUCUGAUGGGCUUCAGCAUCUGGCUGUACUGGCGCAGGAAGAAGAGGAAGGGACUCAGCAACUACGCAGUAACUUUCCAACGUGUAGAUGGAGGAAUAAUGAGUAAUGGAAGCAGACCGGGCCUGUUGAAUCCAGGAGAGACGAGCUAUCCGUGGCUGGCUGACUCCUGGCCAGCCACCAGCCUGCCGAUAAACGGGAGCAGCAAUGGACCCUCUGACCUUGGAGACCUUGGAGGCAUGGGGAACUUCAAUCGGGCAGCAGCAGGUCAGGGGGAGAAGUCAGGUACCAUGCUGUCAGACAGUGCCAUUUACAGUAGCAUUGAUGUCACCACCAAAACCAGCUUCAACAGCCCGGGCCAGGUCACACAGACCACCCCGUAUGCCACCACCCAGCUCCUGCAUUCCAGUAGCAUCCAAGAGCUGGCUGUGGACCUCCCCGAACCUCAGUGGAAGGCGUCCAUCCAAGCGAAGCCAGACCUGACCAGCUGUGGGUACUCACUACCAGACCAGAGCAAGUUUAAUAACGGUGGAAAAGGUGGGAAGAAGAAGAAAAACAAAAGCAGCAUCAAGCCCCACAAGAACGCCAGCUCCAACUGGUCCAACGUACCCCUGCCACCUCCCCCAGUGCAGCCCCUCCCUGGUACAGAGCUGGACCACUACAUCAUGGACCACCAGGAAAACGGCUAUGACAGUGAUGGCUGGUGCGCCCCGCCCCCUGUGAAGAGUUACCUGCACCAGGGCAUGGAGGACGAGCUAGAGGAAGAGGAUGACCGUGUGCCAACGCCGCCAGUCCGCGGGAUCGCCUCCUCGCCUGCCAUCUCCUUUGGCCAACAGUCGACGGCCACCCUUACCCCUUCACCCCGUGAGGAGAUGCAGCCGAUGCUACAAGCCCAUCUCGAUGAGAUUAGCCGGGCCUACCACUUUGACAUCUCACGGCAAGCAUGGCAAAUGCAGGGCAGCUCUCUCCCCCCUCAGGCCCCGGCACUCCCCCUGGGCUACAUCUCCGGGACGCUAAUUUCUGAUAUGGAGACGGACCUCCCGGAUGAGGAUGAGGAUGAUGAGGACGAGGAAGAAGCAUUGGAGCUGGCCAGGCCUCUGCGGGGUAUCGCACACACUCCGGGUUCCAGCCUCGACAAUUUGGACAGCUCAGUGACAGGUUCAAUGGUAAAUGGAUGGGGUUCCGCCUCUGAGGAGGAGCGCAAUAUGUCUAGCCGGCGAUCUAGCGCUGCCAGCUCCUCCUCCAACUCCAUCUUCACUGACGGCGACUUUACCCAGGCUCUGGCCACUGCGGCAGACAGGGCUGGCUUCAAGAUGGAGGGCACCAGCUUAAUGAGGACAGGUAAAGGAUAUUCCUCUUCGCAGCGUCUCCAACCCAGCAGCCCAUUCUCCAGCAACGGGAGUGUGGGUGUGGCUCACAACCAGUGUCAGAGAUCCAGACCUCCCAAAAAACACAAGCCAGCAGGGGGCAGAAUGGAGCAGCCCUCGGCACCACACCGCAGGGAGGCAGCAGCAGAUGACCUGCCUCCUCCACCUGACCCACCGCCGUGUCAAGGUUCAAAGCUGCAAUCUGGGCAAAUACCCAAAGGGACGGGCAUGGCGGAUUCUCUAGAGAGACAACAACUGUCCAGCCUAGAGGAGAACAUGGAGCAUCUGGCCAAAACAUCUCUAGACCACGGGUAUCAAGAAGAUUCACGGAACAAGCUCCCACAGAAGCCAACGCUAGGCUCAGAUGAAAUACUUAUACCAUACAGCAAGCCAAGCUUUCCCUCACCAGGUCACCUCAGUGGCCACAGCUCAUCCGGAACAGCCUCAUCGAAGGGUUCGACAGGUCCCAGGAAAGGUGUGCCCUCACGAGGGGGCCCAACUAUUGCAAGUCAUCAGCGGAACAUCAGUGACCUUCCAGACGUAGGAUAUAUGGGGUCGUGUGGUCAAGGGCAGUUUUUAGGGGAUGUAUAGUGGUGAAGAGCUAUGUUUCUGACGUUCUGCAGAGCAAGCCUCACAGACACGAUGACACUUAAAUGGUGCAAUGAACCUCCUCCCUUAUUUAAUGUAUUAUGACAAAACCUGUAAAUGUGAUGUAAAGUCUAAGGUAACACAGCCACACACGUGUCCCCCCACAUCAUUCUUUGGUACAUUGCUUCUCAUCCCCUUCCAACACCACCAAUUCACCCACACCCCCACCCUCAUUCUGGCCCCUUUCUUCCAUCACUUACCCCUCUCCCCACCCACCUCCUCAAAAAAAUUAGAAACUGGACAGGGAAGAAUCUAAACAUGAAUAGAAAUUUAGCCAUCAUCGCCCGAGAGAGAGAGAAAGCAAUUUCUUGUGUAAAUAAUUUCUGUUGUAUUCAUAUACAAAAGUUCACCUUGUUUUUUUGAUCUUCUCAUCCUGUAAUUGUCUAUUUUUUUUUAUUAUUGGUCUGUUGUACUAUAUGUGAAUUGAUCAGGCAGCCAUUAAAAAGUGAAAAAAAAGACACAAAAAAAUGUUUUUUUAAGGUUAUUACUGUAUCACUUUUUUUUAAGAUUCUGUGUUUUGAAGUUUGCACUGAUUUUUUUUAGUGAUAAGCACAAACUUUAAAAGUCCCAACGUAAAUGAAGAAAAGAGGAAGAUUAAAAACGAUUGAGUUGUUAGGAGAGGGGGAUUUUGUUCACUGUGUGUCUGGUUUUGUGUGUGUGUGGUAGGGGUGUGUGUGUGUGUGUGUGUGUGUGCAUGUGUGCACGUGUAUGUGUGUGUGCGUGUAUGUUUGUGUGUGUGCGCGCGCGUGUGUGUGCGUGCGUGUAUCAGGGGGAAGGAAAAGAAUCUUCCAGAUGUUCCUGGACCAUGACCUCCAGCUGCUAAUGCCACGAGAGAUUGUGGACUCUCUCAGCUGAGUGUGUAUCAGACAUUAUCACCGGAACAUUACCUUGGCGAGAGAGCCCAACGCAGUUGGCAUCUCAAGGAACAUCCACCAAGUCUUCCCCUCGCCCCCAUGGCCAGAGGAGACUCCUUCCCACUUCCCCCUUCCCUUUGCCCACACGUAGCUAUCUCUAACAUUUGCCCUUUUUUUAAUAGUGCAGAGACUUUCCUAAUCUCCCCCACUUUAAACUGUGUAAAGAUGUCAUGUUAAUGCUCUGACAAUGUGUGACUGGGGUCCUAAAUCACAGCUACGGACUACAAGGACUUUUGAAAAAGGGUGCUUGAUGUCAAAUAUAGUCUUAAACAUUAAUCCUUAAACAAGGUCUGGAGCCUUGCUUAUGCUGUUACGAUUAAAAUAAAGUGUGUGUGUCAGUAUUACAGAAAGUUGUUCAUGGGUCUAUAGAA